AUGGCAAGUUUCAAUGUUUAUGUUGUUUUUGGAGUUUUGACUAUUAUGGCAGGUGGAAUGGUCAUGGCUCGUGAUGUUGAUCCCAUCAAGGUAAAUAAUUGUGAAACUAAGAUGACAUUGCAUUGUGUCAUUGAAGUUUUCACAAGUAUAUUCAAGAUCGGAAUUGUUACGGAUAAUUGUUGCAUUGAGCUGAUAAGACUUGGUCAAUUUUGCCAUGAUGCAUUAAUCAAGAAAACUCUUCAAAAUCCUCUAUUUAAGAAUAAUGAUACAUUGGUGAUCUUAUCAAGAGGUGCACAAGUAUGGAAUAAGUGCAAUUUAGUUAACAAAGAUGUUUCGCCCUCUCCUUCUCCUAAUUAG